UUUUGUUCUAUUUGGCCUAAAACAACUGUUUCAACCCUCCUUUAUCUCAAAAUUUUCAACUUUGCCACAAAAUAUAGAGAGUCAAUGUGACAUGUGGAAAGAGAGACCGGUUUGGCUUGCAACCAACAACCUCAAAAAGAAAGAAAAGAAAGUAAUUUGGUUUCAAGAAUGGAGAGUGUGUUCAGUGAACCCAAUGGUAUAUGGGUUUUUUGGAGUGAACGUGAUGAUGCAGAGCAGCUUCUGAAUCACUUCUCCCGUACAAGAUAUUCACCAUCAUGGUUGCCAUUGAAUUUUGUGCUUGCCACACCUUAGAAGAAGAACUUCUCAUUCACUUGAAAAUUUAUCCUGGAUAUAAAGGUCUGAACUUUCAAUCCUCAACCUAUUCUUUUGACUUGCUCUGAGAUUAUCAUUAGUAGUACUGCUUCGCGGAUUUGAAUUCAAGGAAAUUCCUUAAAUUAGAUAUAGGUAACUUAAUUGCUUUGGCCAAUCAGUAAAAUUGUUGCUACAAGCCUUUUACAAAACCUGGGAGUAAUAUUCUUUGUACUACCUAAAUGUAGCUUUAGGCUACAAGUAAAGAAGGGCAGUUUGGUGCACUAAGCUCCCGCUAUGCGCGGGGUCCGGGGAAGGGCCGGACCACAAGGGUCUAUUGUACGCAGCCUUACCCUGCAUUUAUGCAAGAGGCUGUUUCCACGGCUCGAACCCGUGAUCUCCUGGUUACAAGACAGUAACUUUACCGGUUAGGCUACAAGUACUAAUACAAUAUUUGUGCAUGCCACAACUGCAGAUGUUGUUACUAAACGCAUGACAAUCAAGGAAAGAGUUAAGAUUGCACUCCAACGUGUAGAGAAAUUAUCCUGCAAUUAUCUUAUUCAGUUCUGGGCUAGUAUUGUAAUUUAUGGCCAGACUUUCCUAACAACUUCAGAUCAGCCUUUUGGUCUUACCAGACUAGAUGGUGGACUAUGUUCGUACAGGCACAAGUGCUUGAGCCGGGCAAUUCCUGUUGAGCUGAAGAACGGUACCCAAUGUGAAAAUGACCUUGGUCCCCCCGGACAUGUGUUCAAACAUAGGCUGCCUGAACUAUGUACAGACGUGAAGAAUUACUGCAAACAAGAAUUCCCUUUACGGGCUGAUGCUGUAGCCUGGGGCAUACAAUGGUGUUAUGAUGUCCCUGUCUUUGAUCCAUCUUGAGACACCUUUGUUGGGGUCCUUGAGUUGGUCACCAGUCACCUAACAAACGAAUGGAUAUUUUCGAAACUCUGUCUUGCCCAUUUUUAAGAUGCUCCAGGUGGUGGACUUGAAAUCUCCGGAUUCAUAUUGUCCGCUUAAUUUGAAAGUUUUGGAUGACCGGGAAUGUGCUCUUGGUGGAAUAUACAAGGCAAUCGAAAUGGUAUGUCAAAAACAUCAAUAUCUCUUUGCUCAGAUUUGGGUCAGUGUUGCUGAUUCAUGGUGCACGGGAAAAGCUAUCACUGUUAGACAACGACACAUUGCAAUCAGUGAUAACCAAAACUUAAGUUUAUUCAAAUAUGCGAGUGGUAUUCAAUACAUAUUAGAAGGCUACAGUGUUGUAGGUAGGGCUUUCUCAUCAAAAUCUUCGUGCUUUUGCCGAGAUGUAACACAGUUGAGCAUAAUGGAAUACCCCUUGGUAACUUGUGCUCGCGAAGCUGGUUUAACUGGUUGUUUUGCAAUCUGUUUAAGUUCUCCAGGCAAUGAUGACAAUGUUUACAUACUAGAGUUCUUCUUGCCCCCAAAUGAGCUUCUGCAUAGGAAUCUACAAGACUUCCUGAAGUUGGUUUUGGACACGGUGAAACAACAGUUGCACUUCUUUAAGGUUGCAGUUGGACAUGAUUUUGAAAAGAAGUUACCUGUUGAAGGCAUCAAGAUUUCUUCUGACGAUGAACUUGAUUCUUUUAAUAUCUGUCAAACUACUAAGGAACUGCAUAAUGUUGAGCCAUUGCCAAAUGGAGGAAAGUUGAUGUUGCUUGACACACCAAAUCAGCAGUCUCUUUCUUCCGAAACAAAUCAGCAACUGAGUUUGGAUAUUAAUGAGAUAAAUGCUGAAAGGGAUAGCAUAGCUGUAAGUGAAGAACAGUGCAAUUCCGCUGGAUCUUCAACUAGCGCUAAAACCUCUCAAAACAAAGAAAGAAAACUGCAGCUGGAAUUAUCAACACGACUGGCAAAGCAGGGAGCAAAUGCUGUGAACAAAAGAAAAAAUGGUAAACGGACAUUAACCUCUGAGUCAGAGAUUCAGAAAGAAAGAGAGAGGAUAGAACGCGAUCAUAACAUCAACCUCAAAAAAAUUGAAGACCGCUCGUCAAUGACUGAAGAUGCCGCUGCUGAUGAUUUGGGAGUUGGCAAAUCAACGGUGAAGCGUAUAUGUAGAUUAUACGGUAUAACUAGAUGGCCGCCCAAGAAUAAGGAGAAGAAAAGAAAAUGCUCCCCCUCUCGUAAAAUGAAAUCCAUCCUCCCUGCUGAGGAAGACGUCAAUGCUAGUACAAAAUUCCAGCAAUCUUCUGAUUCGCCUAACAAGGAAGACACAAUUAAUGGAGCUAAAGUUGGAGCACAUGUUACAGAAAUCCGAGAUGGUACAGCUGUGAUUACAAAGGUGAAAUAUGGAGAUAGGNGGAAGGAAGAGUUCAGUUUUAAAAAAAAAAAAGUGGCAGUCCGAUGCACUAAGCUACUGCUAUGCGCGGGGUCCGAGGAAGGACCGGACCACGGG